CCCUCCUUCCACCCCUGCCUCCUCAGAGACGGUGACCGCCGCUCCCGCUGCCCCUCUGUGCCGUUUCCUCCUCCUUCGCCGCAGCGGCGAUGUGACUCUCCUCUCCUGGCUCGGCCCGCCCCAGCUGUGCGGCGAACAUGGCGGAGCCUUCUGUUGAGUCGGCAAGCCCAGGAGGGUCGGCAACAUCCGAUGACCAUGAAUUUGACCCAACGGCUGACAUGCUGGUUCAUGAUUUUGAUGAUGAAAGAACAUUAGAAGAGGAAGAAAUGAUGGAAGGUGAAACAAACUUCAGUUCUGAGAUUGAAGAUCUUACCAGGGAAGGUGAUAUGCCAAUUCAUGAACUUCUUAGCCUUUAUGGCUAUGAUGGUACUGUACCGCUACCAGAAGAAGAGGAAGAGGAGGAGGAGGGUGAGGGUGAAGAUAAUGAUGACAACAGUGGCUUCAGUGGAGAAAAUAAAGAGGAGACCAUAAAGGAUUCAUCUGGUCAGGAGGAUGAAACCCAGUCCUCCAAUGAUGACCCAGCACCAUCUGCUGUACAGGAGAUAAUUCGACCUCGUCGGUGUAAAUACUUUGAUGCAAAUAGUGAAAUAGAAGAGGAAUCUGAAGAAGACGAAGAUUAUAUUCCUUCAGAAGACUGGAAAAAGGAAAUUAUGGUGGGCUCCAUGUUUCAAGCUGAAAUUCCAGCUGAAAUAUCGAAAUACAAAGAGAAUGAGAGAGUAUAUGAAAAUGAUGACCAGCUUCUGUGGAAUCCUGAUUUCUUGACUGAAGAUAAAGUGAUUGAAUUCCUUAAUGAAGCAUCCAGACGAACUGGUGAUGAGAGAGGAAUAGAUGCAAUUCCUGAAGGGUCUCAUAUUAAAGAUAAUGAGCAGGCCUUGUAUGAGUUAGUGAAAUGCAAUUUUGAUACAGAAGAAGCACUGAGAAGAUUAAGAUUUAAUGUGAAAGCAGCUCGAGAGGAGCUAUCCGUCUGGACAGAAGAAGAAUGUAGAAAUUUUGAACAAGGUUUGAAGGCCUAUGGAAAGGAUUUUCACUUGAUUCAGGCAAACAAGGUACGAACACGAUCUGUUGGUGAAUGUGUAGCAUUUUAUUACAUGUGGAAAAAAUCAGAGCGAUACGACUUCUUUGCUCAGCAAACACGAUUUGGUAAAAAGAAGUACAAUCUGCAUCCGGGUGUAACGGAUUACAUGGACCGUCUGUUAGAUGAAAGUGAAAGUGCUGCAUCCAGCCGGGCUCCCUCCCCUCCACCCACAACUUCUAACAGCAGCACCAGCCAUUCAGAGAGAGAAGACAGUACAGCCAGCAACAGUAAUCAAAACGGUAUAUCCACUAACGGACCUGGUGAAUUAUCCAGUAAAGAAGAAGUAAAAAUUGAAGGACUGCACAUGAAUGGACCAACAACUGGCAAAAAAAUGCCACUUGAGGAUUUUGAUUCAAAUGGUUAUGAAACAGAAAAUAUUUCCAAUCAUUUGAAACUUGCCCAUUCAAAUGCAAGGAAUGAAAAUGAUUUUGAAGAAAAAAAUGAAAGGUCUGCAAAGAGGAGAAGAGUCAACAGUAGUGGAAAGGAGAGUCCAGGAUCCUCAGAGUUUUUCCAAGAACCAGUGGCUCAUGGAAAGUUAGAAGAACAGGAGACUGUGGAUGACUGAGUGUUUGGUUUUAUUACUUUGAGUAAUUUCUUGGAUGUCUGAAAUUUUCAGGGUUGAUAGGUUACCUUACCUUACUGAUUCAAAUUCAGUAACAUAAUUCUAUUGAUAUUUUGCAAUACAUAUUCAGGGCUUCUGAAUACUGGCCAAAUGAAGUUAUAGUACCCUUUUAAAAAAAAAAAAUCCUGUAAUGCAGGUGAAGUGAAUGGGAGAACACUGUUGAACAGAUCUUCCCGCUUAGUCUGUGAAGGAAACAUCUGUUGAUACAUGCUGUUCUCUGCAAAUCCCCUUAAAGUCAUUAAACUAUCGAAGUAGUGAGUUUCAAAUUUUGUAAGGUUAUGUAUCAAAAGGUAAUAUAAAAUUUAUAAAGCAAAUAGCUGUUAAGAGUUUUUUUUCUGUCCACAGGAAGAGAAACUAUUAGAUGAUUAAGGAAUACCUGUAAAUCCUGAAAGUUGUAUGUGAAAUACUAUUUUUAUAUAGAAAUAUUUCAAAAUAAACCAAGUCAGGUUUGUAUAUGUAAAAUUGUUGACAUCAGUGAUGUCUUUUCAUAUUCUUAUCUGGAUAUAAAAAUACAUUCUGUAUUUUUCCAGAUUCUUUGUAGCCUUUGAAAGAUUUUUACAUACUUACAUCAUGAUUGAGGUGUCAUUUCUAAAAACAAGAGUGUGUAAUUUUCGUAACUUGUACAGUAUGGUAAACUUUUAUGAGAUCUUCAGAAGAAUCUGCCAGCUUCGUUUUAUUUUGCUAAAGCUUUUUUAUUAAAAGUAAUCAAAUCAUGUUUCAAAAAGCAGUAAAAGAUUCAAUAUUUAAAUUCACACCCAGUUAUGAAUACUAAAAAUUUGUCUUGAGACAAAUAGUGACUUGGAAUUUAGAGUUCUUGUGCUUUAAUUGCACAAGUGUUGUGGUUUUUUAAUUUUUUUUAGAUUUAUUUUUAUGAUAAUAAAACCUUAAAAUCAGCAAAAUGCUUUAAUGGCUAAAUCUUAAUAGCCAAGUUCAAACAUUACAUUAUUAUUUUUACAUUUCAGUGAGCACAAUACAAAUUAGGAAAUAGGUCAAAUUAUUCUGACUGCUUUGAUGAGAGGCAAAUGCAGUUCGUAGGCAGUGCCUGAACUAGUAUCCAAGGAAAUUUAGUGGGACUCGUGCUACUUCUUGGGAAGCAGAAGAGUUUUUGUGAAUAGUAAUUGUUGCAUAUAUGAAUGAAUACACACAUGAAUCUGUCUGCAGUACCAUAAGCACUGGUGAUGUGCUUAGUUUUUAAAAAAUAUUUUGUUAGAAAUCACUGACAAUGUGGAUGGGAAUAUCCAAUGAAGUAUUUGGAUAAUGGCCAUGAAUGAGGUUUACAGCAUCUGUCCCUUGAUAGGUAAAUACAGCCAUGUAUAGCGACUCAUUAAAAAACAGUUUUUGUCUAUUAGAUGCUUAAAGUCAUCUACUUGUCCUGAGGCUUCCUUUAAAAGUUUUGACCACACUGUUUCAAGUGACCUGAAUAUUGUGGUGGACUUGGCUGAGUGUUUAGUCCUUCAGCAGUGUUUUGUCCUUGAUUAUAAACCCCAACUAGGCUUUUUUAGACUGAUGUAAUUUCAUUGUAGACAUCACUGGAAUUAUUUAAAAAUUAAUUUAGCCCCGUUUUUCAUGAAAUGUUAUGGAUAAAUUCUAGAACUUAACAUUACGUGGCUAAUAUUUAUUCUGUUAGCAGCUCAAUAGCAGUGUAUCUCAGUCAGUGUCAUUUUGCAGAUUUAUAGGUUAAAUUCUUACUGCUUUAAGGAGCUGCCAUGGUUGACAAAUCCCAGUUUUAUUUAUAUGGGAAUCCAAAGUUUUCAUAGCCUUGUAUCAAAGAUUGUCUUUAGAAAAUGUUUCAGAACAAGGCAGUGCAAUGCUUUUAGAAAUCUUUGCAACCUAUUUUUCUGUUACUUAUCUAUCUAUAUAUUUUGCAAGUUGGAAAUGACUGCAAAACAGUUCAUAGGAAAGUUUAUAAAUAUAUUGUUCUCAGGCUUGUAAGUAAAAUAUAGCACUGUGUAUAUGUUCAGAAAUUACUUGGAUCUUUAAUCUUACCUUUAAAGGUAUGCCUAAGAAAAAGUCCUGACAUUCCGUAAUCAAUAUGUAAUGCUCAGCUGUUCUUUAAGUAUUUAAUUGUAAUGUGCAUUUUCUUUAUGCAGGUGUUUAUAUACAAUAUUUUGUUCAUGUUCUUUUAAAUGCAGCCACUAUAACUUGAUAAGACAUUGCACUAGUAGUACUAUUUAAAAUCUAGUAAUAUAGUAACCUGUUCAAGAAACUUUCAAUACAGUUUGGAAUAGAUUAAAAACUUCCACUUGAUUCCAAAUUGAAUUGAAUGUCAGUGCAGCUUGUGUAUAGUACUUUGUAUACUUUGAAGCACUGUUGUGUCCAGCUGGACAGUGUGUCCUGAUCCAUGAAAUGCAUUGCGUGCAGUCUAAUUCAAAUCUUCAAUUCAACAGAUCUAACUGUUGGGCUUUAUAAAGAAUUGAAAGUGAUAUUUUGGAAGAAAUUUAAAAAUUUGCAAAUUAGUUUUUAUAAAUUUUUCACAUAGUACUUUUGCACUGUUCGUAAUCCUUAUGUCCCUUCCCUAGCUCCCUGUCUGCAAUUCUGGAAAAGCUUAUUAAAGUAUUUUUUUAAACAUAUGCUUAUAUAAAUGCAAUUGUUUAUAUUUUAA